UCAUCAGCUGACUUCUUACCAUGUGGUGGUGCAUCCUCUCGAGUGCGACACAUAAAAUUUUCUUCCAAUCUGUGAAUUUUGCUUGGUCAAAAUUGGAUCCAUCGUUCGCAUAAGCUAAAAAAAAAGUGUUAUUUAGUGAAAAUAUUCCCCAAAAACUCCAAUUAAAUGGGAUAAAUUAACAAAAUCGCAGUCGUGUAUCAUUUUUGUGUGAAUACACGCAAGUCACAAAGUGAAAAAUCCAGCAAAAAAAAUUCAACAGCCAUUUUUUUUUCGUGUUCUGUGAAGGAAUUUCACAAGAGCUCGUCAUCCAUCAAGGAAAUUAUCAUCAAAAGACGUGGGUUGUGCCGUCAAACGAAGGAAAAAGGCAAAUUUUCAUUGAUAUCCAGCAAUUUUCACGUUUCUGGCUUCGUUAAAUGGAAACAGUCGCACAGCGUUGUUGUACGACGACAAAAAAUUGCAUCGAUUGGAACGCAGCGCACGCGCCUUGCCGCCGCACUUGCAACUGGAAGCCGUAAAAAGGGCACAUCGCGUUUCUCCAACUUGUUUUGUGUGCAUUUUGUUGUUUUUUUAGUUUCGAAGCAAUCAGCAGACGACUAUCAGUUAUUUCGCACCGUAUUAGAAAAAUCAACAACCAGCAAGAUGUAAACUAUUCGACUUCGGAGGUGACGUCGUCGUACGAGAGCGUCGAUUCUACACUAAAAACCAAAAAAAAUCAGUAAAAUAAUCAGUAAUUGUUGCUAGCAGUAUUAAUUGUUAUAAUUAAUUAUUAUUAAGACGAGAAAAAAGUUAAAGUUACACUUACCAAGGAAUCCACAGAGGACUCCUUCCCAAUAUUUUUCAGCGGAAAAACACAUUAAUGGAUAAACUUUUGGUCUUACAAGGGAAAAGCGCGACAAAUCCGGCUGGCAGCAGAUCUCUCUCUGUCCAAAUCCAUAAAAAACCGAGCUGUGAAUUCAUCAUUCAUCCACAUUAUCAUCAUGCUUAAGAGGAAAUGUGUCAUUCUGGCAGCUGCCGAACAAGCGGUAUCCGAGAGCAGUUGUUACGAGAACAGCUAUUGCGGCUAUUGCUGCAAACUGAUUGAGCUGAAAACGCAGUCAAGUGCGUCAAAUGACGUCGAAUUGGGCGACAGCAAUUACGAAUACAUCAUUUUGUGUGCAAAUUGUCGCGGGCCCUUCCAUAUUGGAUGUACGGCGUUCGCUGCGACACCCAUCGACAAGAUCCGCGAGCAAUGUCUCAAGUGGAAAUGCAAUACUUGUGUGAAAAAUGAGGUACCUAAUGUCGGAAAAUCUGCCGAUUCGAGUCCUGAGGACGAUCGUGACGUCACGAGAAUUGAUUUUGCCGCCGUUGAUCGCGAUGAGUUGAUCCAAAAACGACUUUCGGCAAUGUUGUGCGUUUACGGGAAGGAUUUGCAGAACGUUUGUGGCAAAAUUGAAGAAACCAAGGGAAAUUCGAGUUACGAAGGAAGCUCUUUGGUCAUCGAUUCCAUUCCAGCAGAAGCAAAAGAAGCUUUUUUGGAGGAAAUUUUGCGAGUUGCUGCUGGAAAAGGCAUCAAACUGACCCGAAGUGAAGCAAUUCCCGCCAUUUCUGGUGAAAAAAUCUCGAUUGUAAUUCGUUUGGAUCCGCAUGCGACACGACAACUGCUUCUCAACUCGUAUCUCAACUCCAUCAUGCAUCCAAUUACGGCGUCAAGCACCAAACCAGCGAGUUUCUAUCUCGCCAACGAUCGUGACAUCGAAGUGUCGAGCAGUACGUGUCUCUUGCCGCAACACAACAAUCAGCAUCAUCCCAACGCGAAGCAUCGCAGUAUCUACAUGUACGAGUAUCUCGCGGCAAAUGCAUCGUCGUCGGCGGAGAAUCAAACGAUGCUCGUGAAGGCGAUUGCGGGCAACGGGAACGUCAUGAAUGGCGGCGCCAUCGGUAUCGCGGGUGACAGUGAUAACGAUAGUGUGUUUCAUGCGGACGAGACGACACGUGUUCUCGUGCCGAUAAUCAAGAUAUCGACUGUGCCGAAGAGGGUGCGUCUCGCAUCGAAGGAGAAUUUUGACGAUAUCGAAGAUAAUAAUAACAAUAAUCUCCCACCAAUUCAAUCAAGCUCGUCCAUUGUUUCGAUAGUGUCGACAGCAUCUGUGGCUGGAUCCGAGCCGAGUGACGGCGUAAGCGAGAGUCAAAUUAUCCCAAAGUCCAAGGAGGAGAAAAUUAUUCCGUACGAGCCAUGGUGGCAUACGACACUGCAGAUUUCCAUUCCGUUCUUCUUGGCGGGCAUCGGUACCGUUGGCGCUGGCAUUAUUCUCGGCUUCGUUGAGCAUUGGGACGUCUUCAAACACAUUUCCGAACUUUUCAUCUUGAUUCCGUCACUUUUGGGUCUGAAAGGCAAUCUGGACAUGUGUUUGGCGUCGCGGAUGUCGACACAAGCGAAUUUGGGCAACAUGGUGUCGAAAAAAGUCAUUCUCAAGAUGAUUUUGGGGAAUAUUGCGCUCGUGCAGAUCCAGGCGACCGUAGCUGCGUUCAUUGUUUCGUUGUUUGCCAUCGGUGUUGGUCAAACCAUGAACGGAAAUUACAAUUUUAAUCAUGCGUGCGUCGUUACUGCAGCUGCCAUGUUUACGGCAACGGCUUCUUGUUUCGUACUUGAUUUCUUCCUUAUUGCAAUGGUACUUCUGUCGAUGAAGUUCAAAAUGAAUCCAGAUAACUUGGCUACUCCAUUGGCGGCCUCAAUCGGUGAUAUUGUUAGUAUUAGUGUAUUUUCGUUCAUAGCAUCUUUCUUAUACAGGCAUCAUGAAACACAUUUAUGGGCUACCUUCGUAGUGGUUGGAGUGUAUUUCAUACUCUUACCUUGUUGGAUUAUAAUUGUACUUAGAAAUGAGUACACAUCGAACGUACUUAAGUCUGGAUGGGUGCCUGUCUUAUCAGCGCUCUUCAUCAGCGGCUUGGGCGGAUUGGUACUUGACUCGACAAUCGGCAAAUUCACUGGUUUUGUUGUAUUCCAGCCCAUCAUUAAUGGCAUCGGGGGCAAUCUAGUCAGUGUUCAAGCCAGCAAGAUCAGCACAAUGCUGCAUCAGAGUUCGAUUCUCGGCAUCGUGCCGCCGUAUACCAAAAUUGUAGAGUCACCUUUUAGAGCGCUUAUCAAAGGAGUUCCUUAUGCAAAAACCGCACGCAUUCUUUUACUAAUGACAAUACCUGCUCUCGUAUUCAUCUUCGUGGCCGACGUUAUUCACACCAAACAAAUAACGAUUGGAAUUGUCUUUACUGUGAUUUAUUGGCUUGUGAGCUUGUUACAAGUCUCUCUGUUACUUUACACCGCUCACAUCAUCAUCCACUGGAUGUGGAGGCACAAAAUCGAUCCCGAUAACUCGGCAAUUCCCUAUUUAACGGCAAUGGGUGACCUGAGUGGCACGUGUUUCCUCUUUGUCGCUUUCAUGUUCCUUACGGAAAUUGGAUAUGGCUACAAUGUGCCGGAGUAAAACACUAAAUUCGCAAUCGCAAACAACAAGAAUAACAAUUUUUGGCUCAAAUAUCAUGUCUCUCCAUCCAAUUUUAUACAUUUUUUUCCUCCCAUUUCAUCGUUUUUAAUUUUUAAGCGCUUUAUCUCUUCUCUACAUUAGUUUGUAAAAUUUUUAUUUUAUAUUUGUAAUAAAAAAAAAUUUUAUUAGAAUUUUUUCGCUGUGGUAGGAAACCUCGCUUCGUCGUGAACAUGAGGCGAAAAGUCACCCGAUUUAAAAGAAAAUAUUAAAAUUAAUUAAUUAAAUAAUUUUUCAGAGUAAAAAUCUAGCAAAAAUACCAAUUUUAAAGAAAUUAAUUUUAAAUCACAUAGGAAUCAUUGUUAUACUAUUACUUAUAAUAUGUAACUACUAUGGACCAUGUCGUGCUUUGAUAAUGUACGAUAUUAAAUAAAUUGUAUUGUGUAUUUUGUUUUUAAUUCUUAA